AUGGCAGAUGCGUUACCUCCUCCCCUGUCGCUUUUGACAACCCUCCACCCGCCGGGCUCGGGGUCGAGCCGAGCAUGGCAGUCGAGCGCACACCCCGAUCCAUCCACACCGCUCCUCGCAACGGGGUCCGCAGACAAGUCCGUCAACGUGUGGUCGCUGCGGGAUUUCUCGCUCAUCUCGACGAUAAGUGGGGGACACAAGAGGAGCGUGAGGACGGUCGCGUGGAGGGAUUUCGGCGGCAGCACCAAAGCCCGGACGAAAUCCGAGAAGAAGAAACCCGUCGUGUUGGGCACGGGAAGCUUUGACGCCAACGUCGGGAUCUGGGUGUGGAAUGAGGGGCGGAGGUGGGCGGCUUUUCGAGACGCGGAUGAUGAUGAUCAACAACGGAAUGGGAACGAGCGGGCGCCGCUGCAGAAUCAAGGGGACACAGACGAAGUCGAUAUGACACGCGACCAAGCCGGCGACGAGGAAGAUGAAGAGUGGCACUUUUCCACACUGCUCACCGGCCCGGACUCGGAGAUCAAAUCCAUUGAAUUCGCCCCUCCGCAUUACCCGGCCAGUCUCCUAGCGACCAGCUCCAGGGACAAGAGUGUUUGGAUUUGGGAGGAGGUGGAGCCGGAAGAGUGGGAAACCAUUGCAGUGUUGAGUGAGCAUACGGGCGACGUCAAAUGCGUGGGUUGGUGUCAAGGGGCAAGACGGGGGAAUGGGCGCAGAUCCUCGAAGAGAAGAAAACUCGGAGAUACGGCGGGAGAUCGCGACGGGGAUGUCGACAUGAUGGGAGGAGGAGGAGACACAGUUGCGCGGUCGAACGGCAUCGGUUCUGGAGUGACGACGAGAACCCAACAGCAGAUGAUGGAUAUCGACGAUGAGGAAGACGAGUUCGACAUUCUUGGUUCCCGCCCCAUCCUAGCAAGUGGUUCGUACGACGACACCGUCCGGCUCUGGCGCGACGUCGAAGAAGAAGGCGACUGGAUCUGCGUCGGCGUGAUUGACAGGCACAAGGGCACAGUAUGGGAUCUCAAGUGGGAGAAUCAUAUCAACUACGCCCUCCUGGAUCUGUCGCAGUGUGCCACCGAACGAGACAGAGAAGUUGCCACGCGGGAAUUCGAAGCCGACUGGAUGCCUCGCAUCAUCUCCUGCUCCGACGAUCUAACCGUGCGUGUGUGGAGGAGGGAACUAAGCGAGGCGGAGAAGGAGAAAAGAAGAGCGCAAUCGCAACAACAAUCCUUCGCGCCCAUGGGCUUUGCGUCGUCGCGAAUACCAAGCGUGAUCCGUCCGAUGAGUGCCGUGGAGAAAUGGGUCGAGGAAGCUACAUUGCCCGCCGUGCAUGUGCGGAGUGUGUACGCGGUGGACUGGUCCAAGAGGACGGGUUUGGUGGUGACUUGUGGCGGAGACGGCACCAUUGCCGUGUACAAGGAAGCACCUUCCCCUGCACCUGCGCCAGUAUCGGCAGAUGAGAAUCAUGCUGCUACUGCUGGAAACGCUGGAGACGAUGUGGUGAUGAACGGCACAACAUCGACAUCGACCUCAAUGGCCAGUGCCACGCCCGCAGAAGACGGCGGCGCGCCGUACAGACUGCAUGCGUCCCAGUGGGAAAUCGUGGCCCUCGUGGAAGCCGCGCACGACGAGUUCGAGAUCAACCACGUCUGUUGGGCCGAGCGGCGGGACAAGGAUAGACGGUUUGACGGGGAGGAAAUCAUCGUUUCGACCGGGGAUGAGGGAGCCGUCAGGAUAUGGACCUUGCCGGACGAGUUGCUGGCAGAGUUUGAUUGA